CAGUUCUGUGAUACAAAUAUAAUGCUUGUAAACAACGCAUUGGCUUUGCUAGCAAUGUGUAAUUUAAAAAUCCUUUGACGCACAUUGUGAUGAAGAAAAGCCUUAAUGCGAAUUUUAGAUGCUCGUUUGCAUCAUAAUUUCAACUGUGCCCCCUGUUGCAUGAGAAAGUCCUACGAAUGUUGGAGUUUAUUGGUACAAAGGAUAAAUGCAGAUUAACGACAAGUAUCAAACGUAGAUUCCAGCAGUUUCCUCCGUGAAUGGAAAGACAGCUACAUAUAUCCAUUACAGCAAAUCCAAAGGUGAAACACUCCUUGGCCUUUCCAAAUAGCAUAUCUGAUUCCAGGAGUGCCAGACUAGAAUUUUUUCCUUUGGCAAUAACGGUAGCAUCAGCAGCAAAUCUGCUGCCUGUUCUUAGUAACACGAAAGGCUCCGAAACAUGAGUUUAAGUCGGCUGGGUAGUUCCAUGUACAAAUCGUACCAGAACCUUUUGCGAAGAUACCCCGUCGGCGUACAAGCCGUCCAAACGUCGGUAUUUACUGGUGUGGGCGAUGUUAUUGCUCAGCUAUUCGUCGAAAAGAAGGAAAUGAAGGAUUUUGAUGUAAUGAGACUUCUACGUUUUGGUGCCAUCGGAGGCAUUUACAUCGGUCCAGUUCUGCGUACGUGGUUUGGUUUCCUGGAUUCCAGAUUUAAAGGCAGGAGUGCGAUAAUCGUCGUGAAGAAGGUUGCACUUGAUCAGCUGUGCUUCGUUCCAGUUUUCCUAGGCGUCCUAGUGUCGAUUAUUGGGUUUGGAAAUGGAAAAUCUGUAGAUCAGGUGAAAGAGAAACUGGAAGCAGAUUACCCGGAUAUUAUGAUGACUAACUAUAAGAUAUGGCCCUUGGUGCAGACUCUAAACUUCUCCGUCGUGCCAGUCCACUAUCAGGUUCCCCUGGUCCAGGUAGUAGCCGUCGGCUGGAACACGUACAUGUCUUGGAAGGCUCAUCAGCCAGUUCAGAAGAAACAAGAACUCACCCACGUCGAGUAACUACUGCUGGGAUGUGGCACGGCAGCCGUAUCCCUUGGGAUCUGUAAUGCUCAAGUGUUCGCUGUGAAACGAACUUUAUCAGUGAACUUAUCUGCAUUGUCUCUGUGACCUUCAACAGGACAGCCGGAGAUAACAUUUCAAAGUACAAAAUUACAAAUUACAGGAAGGUUCUGAUACUAAAUACAGUAUUCCUUGUACAAUACGCUAAAAUCAUGGAACCAAGAUUUUUUACCCACUUCAGAUUUGUUUUGUCAGUCAAAUAAAAGCACGAUAUUAUCUUUUUCCAUUAAAUAGCUCACGAGAUUUCACGUUA